AUGACUCCGUUCGAAAAGAUCCUGUUCCGGUCCAAACAGCAGCCGCUUGUUCCCUUAGGGUGCUUGGGCACCUGUGUUGCGGUCGCUCUUGCUGCGAAAGGUGUGCGGACAGGCAACGCCAGAAGCGCCCAGAAAUGGUUCCGGUGGCGUGUGGGCUUACAAGGACUGACCGUGGUGGCGCUUGUGGCCGGAUCGUUCUACUUUGACCGCUCUUUCAGAGAAAACAAGUCUGAGCAGGAACUGGCCAUUGAGAAGGCCAGAAUGAGAGAAAAACUGUGGGUCGAGGAGCUCGAGCGCCGCGACGAGGAAAUGAAAGAGAGACAGAGACGCGCAGAUAUCGCCAGAAAGCGCAAGGAGGAGCUUGCCAAGGGCGACAACUAG